CUAAGCAUAUUAUAUAAUCAAGACUUUCUCUAUAAAUAUGCCAUUUAGGGUUAGGGUUUUUUAAUGAUCUAACUUCAUCCCUCUCCUUGCUCUCGUUUACCUCUCUGCGUUCUCCAAAUUUUCUUUGCUUCUUCCCAGCUUUUGCUUUUGGCUUUCUGAACUCAGAUUGAAAAAAAUAAAAGAAUCAUUUUUUUCUAGAAAAAAAGGAAGCUUCAGAGAAGAAAAAUUUUGAAGGGUCGAGCAUGAGGAAACGACAGGUAGUUGUGAGAAGAGAGGAGCCUUCAAGAACUCCUUUGACGGUGAGGAGUGUGAGAUAUGCAGAGUGCCAAAAGAAUCACGCUGCAGGAGUUGGAGGGUACGCUGUCGAUGGCUGCAGGGAGUUUAUGGCUAGUGGAGAGGAAGGAACAAGUGCAGCACUUACAUGUGCUGCUUGUGGCUGCCACAGGAACUUCCAUAGAAGAGAAGUGGAGACUGAGGUUGUUUGCGAAUGCUCGUCGCCACCUUCAAAUGGGAACUAAGAAAUAGCAGUGCCUGUACAUGGAGGUUUAAUUAUGGCUUAUUGUUAUGUAUCAAUUGACUUGCUAUUUUGGAUAUUUGCAUGUGCUUUGGAAAACUAUUGUGCUUCUUAAGAACAUAGAUAAGUUGAUAUACUCAAUAAAUAUCACUGGUAUAUUUUAAAUUUUGUUUAUAAGAAUUUUUAAUAAAAGUUUGAAAUGAACCAAUCAUAUUUAGUA